AUGCCUCCGUCGGAUGUCAUAACCCUGGAGACCCUCCACGAGAAACUCCCACUAUGGCAUCCCAACUAUGAAAAUCAUCUCUAUGCUAUUGUUGACAUGGGAAGUAAUGGAAUCCGAUUUUCAAUUACGUCCCUAAAACCUCCUACCACGAGGCUCCUUGAGCCCGUCUACUCCAGUCGAGUAGCCAUAUCUCUCUUCGAUGCUUUGACGCCUUCGGACCGGGGGCCAAUAUUUCCCUCUGAAAUUAUCAAGGCCGUCGCAUCUGCCCUAUCGGGAUUCCGCCACAUAGCUGUUAUGCAUGGUGUGCCCCAAUCGCAAAUUAUGAUUUUGGCCACGGAGGCAAUGCGGCGUGCCGUGAAUGGAAGUGAAUUGUUGGAGGCCAUUGCAGCUGAAACAGAUGGACUUGGCGUGCAAGUUCUUGAUCCUGCCGUGGAAACCUUGUUUGGUGCUGUUACGGGAUCAAGAAGCGGCUUGGUUUCGGUCCACAAUGGCGCAUUAUUCCUCGACCUCGGCGGUGGCAGCCUGCAAAUGACAUGGGUUGAUACCAGCAAGGACAAUUAUGAAAUCGACGCUGCCAUGGCCGGCGAGAGCCUUCCGUACGGUGCGGCAAAGCUCACAAAGGUUCUCGACGGGCAGUCAGCUGAGGUCCAGGCCAAGGAGAUUUGCACGUUGCAAAACGGGAUUGCACGCAUAUAUUCUAACCUAUGUGCCAGAUUCCCUGCCCUCCAAGCCAUCAAGGAAGCAUAUGAAAGGGGGCAAGACGCAUCUGUCGAUGUGUACAUGUGCGGUGGUGGAUUUCGCGGCUACGGAAGCAUGUUGAUGCACAACGACCCAAUCUCACCCUACCCAAUUCCUUCAACCCAUACGUAUUCUGUCCCAGGCUCGCAGUUCAACCAACCAACCAAGAUGCGCCAAGUCAACGAUGAGCAUGAUGGUAAGAUUUAUGGCAUGUCAAAAAGGCGGCGUCAGCAGUUCCCGGCCAUUGCCACGGUUAUUGAAUCGUUUAUCGCCGUCGUGCCCAAUAUCCGCCGCGUGACCUUCUGCGGCGGCUCAAAUAGGCAGGGUGUCCUUUUUAUGAAGAUGCCCAAAGAUGUUCGGGAAAGCAAUCCAUUAGAGGUCUUGGCAAAUGUCACAAAGACGGAGAAGCCGCUGUUUAAUGCAAUCUUGGGCUUGCUUUCAGCGUCAGUACCAGCGACUCAAGACGACCUGAACAAUAUUCCGACGAUUUUUGCUCCUGGGCUAGGAGCUCUAUUUAUUAGGCAAAUUUGGGCUCGGACCGGUCACAGCUCUAACAGCAAUAGCUCGAGUGCUCUUCACCAUGCUAUUAUCCGCGACCCAGAUUGUCCGGGUCUAACGCAUCUCACUCGUGCCUUGUUAGCUUUGACAACUUGCGCUAGAUGGGGCAACGACAUCGGUCCAUCCGACGAACUUCUCUGGCAGGGUCUGAAAGGAGUGAUUGAAAGCCAUCAUUCAGAUGCCAUGUUCUGGACUCUCUACAUUGGUGCUGUGGCAAACAUGCUCGCAACUCUGUUUCCCGUCAUGCCCCAAAAUGCGAGGGAACUUCUUUCAGCUGUCAGGCAAGUCAUCUCCUGGUCAACAAAUGGCUCUCUAUUGAUAUAG